CCGUCGUUUGCUUCAGUUCCUCUAAUGACUUGGUUUAAAAGCGUCUUGUCAACAAGUCUGGGUCAGAAUCAUCAUGAAUUUGUUGUUUGCAGCAAGUCUUUUGUUCUUCAUCGUUCUUUGUUUUAUUCCACGUUUAACAACAGGGAGAAGAACAAAAGUGCCUAAAGUAAGAUGUUUCAAAGUUUACAAUGCUGGAAGAAAUUCCUGCAGGAAGAAAAUGCCAGGACGCUACACGCUUAAUGAUUGUUGUGAAGGCAAGAAAGGUGCGGCGUAUCAAGAAUCAAAAAAGGGCAAGAAAAAAUGCCUUCCCUGUACGACUGAGGAAAACUGGAGCGCCUGGUCAGCGUGGAAAGAGUGCAAUUCCCCGUGCGGUCUUGGAAUAAAAAGGCGAACCAGAAAAUGUUUAGAUGAAAACAACAUAGGCUGUCCCGGAAGUCAAAGCGAAAAAAAGAAUUGCGUGAACCGUGAUAGGCCUCAUUGUCCAAUUGACGGGGGCUGGUCAGAUUGGGGUAAUUGGUCAAUCUGUUCAGUAACAUGUGGUGAAGGACUUCAAGUGAGAUACCGCAGUUGUACCAACCCCAAGCCGCGAUACGGAGGGCGGGACUGUCAGGGCUUGAGAGAUGGAAAACAAAGUUGUGAAGACACACGCCACUGUCCAAUCAAUGGUGGCUGGAGUGAUUGGGCGGCCUGGUCGAGUUGCUCAGUCACGUGUGACAUCGGAUGGGAGCGACGUGCGAGAAAAUGCAACAACCCUAAACCAAAGUAUGGUGGUUUACCAUGUGACAAAAAUAAGGCUGCUGAAAAACGGAGUUGUUCUACGUAUACCUCAUGUGACGGAUCAGGCUCUGGAUCUGGCUCGGGUGAUUCUUCGGGAUCAUCAGGAGAUGGUUUGGGAUCAGGGGAUGCAUCUGGAAGUGGCAGGGUGGUGGUAGAAGCUAUGGAUCAGAAGAGAGAUGAGGGAAGUACGGUGAACAGGGUCGAAGAAUCUACAAUAAAGACAGGAAAUGAUUUCGAGUUCAGCGAACCAAGCACUCUUGUGUCAUUGGCUAAAACAUGAUUCACAAGUAACAUGAAAAUUGUCUGCAGAGUCAAGGCAAAGAGUGUAAAUAAUUUUAAUAAAAGAUUUUGAAACUGAUCGAUCAACUGCAAUUCAUAAUAAA